GCGCGCGCGUUCAGCGGCCUCUUUGUGUGGUGCUCAGAUAGGGGAGCGGAGGUGGCGGUGGUGGCGGUCUUGGUUGUCUUCCAGUCUCCUCGGCUCGGCCCCUAGCCGACACCUUUCCCCUUCCCUCCCCUUUCCUUUUUUCCUUCCUUCCCUUCCCUUCCCUUCUUCCCUUCCCCGUCGGUGACCGGCGGUGGCGGCUCCAGCAGCGGCUGGGCCCAAACUGUGAAGAGUCCUUUUCCAACGAUAACGGCGACGGCGAAACCUCGGAGCUCGCAGGGCGGGGGGAAGGCCCGGGCCGUGGAGAUGGAGAAUUCCCAGUUGUGUAAGCUGUUUAUCGGCGGCCUCAAUGUGCAGACAAGUGAGUCGGGCCUGCGCGGCCACUUUGAGGCCUUCGGGACUCUGACAGACUGCGUGGUGGUGGUGAACCCCCAGACCAAGCGCUCCCGUUGCUUCGGCUUCGUGACCUACUCCAAUGUGGAGGAGGCCGACGCCGCCAUGGCCGCCUCGCCCCACGCCGUGGACGGCAACACGGUGGAGCUGAAGCGGGCGGUGUCCCGGGAGGAUUCAGCGCGGCCCGGCGCCCACGCCAAGGUUAAGAAGCUCUUUGUUGGGGGCCUUAAGGGAGACGUGGCCGAGGGCGACCUGAUCGAGCACUUCUCGCAGUUUGGCACCGUAGAAAAGGCCGAGAUCAUUGCCGACAAGCAGUCUGGCAAGAAACGUGGCUUUGGCUUCGUGUAUUUUCAGAAUCACGACGCGGCCGAUAAGGCCGCGGUGGUUAAAUUCCACCCCAUCCAGGGCCAUCGCGUGGAGGUGAAGAAGGCCGUCCCCAAGGAGGAUAUCCACUCCGGUGGGGGUGGAGGCGGCUCCCGGUCCUCCCGGGGCGGCCGAGGCGGCCGGGGUCGCGGCGGUGGGCGAGACCAGAACGGCCUGUCUAAGGGCGGCGGCGGCGGUUACAACAGCUACGGUGGUUACGGCGGCGGCGGCGGCGGUUACAACGCCUACGGAGGCGGCGGAGGCGGUUCGUCCUACGGUGGCAGCGACUACGGUAACGGUUUCGGCGGCUUCGGCAGCUACAGCCAGCACCAGUCCUCUUACGGGCCCAUGAAGAGCGGCAGCGGCGGCGGCGGGGGAGGAGGCAGCAGCUGGGGCGGUCGCAGUAACAGUGGACCUUACAGAGGCGGUUAUGGCGGUGGGGGUGGCUAUGGAGGCAGCUCCUUCUAAAGAAAACAAAAAAUUUUAAAUGCCUGGGAGUGGCUAUAGGGGUAGCUCUUUUCGACAACCCAACUAGGGUCAACUCCUAAGUCCCUUCCCCCUCCCAUCGCCUUCCCCAUUUUGCCCUUUGGGGAGCUGCUACUAAGGCUGCCACUCCUUGAGGGUGUUGCCCUGUUUGCCUGCCACCUCUCUCGUCUCUCCCUCUGAAGAUGGACUCGCCCCACAUACACAUUUUUGUGUUACAGUCAUUGAUGGACUCUAUUUUUUUAUUAUUACUUGGACCUUGGUCGUUUUUAUACUAGCAGAAUGUCUUGUUUUAAUUUGUGUUUUUUUGGGGGGGGAGGGAGUGAACUUGCUGAUUCUGUAGCAAAAUCUGGGAGGGGUUUGGGGUGGGGGGUAGUUUACUUUGUUGUAAGGACUUGAUACCUGGCUACAGCGUUUUCUAUGAAAUCUACUUGGAUCCCAUGCCUGAAAUUUGGAAGCAUAUGUACAAAAUCAUUUUUACGUUUUAUUUUUAAUAAAUCAUUGUGUUUGACGGUACAUGUCUAACAUUUUUUUUCUAGGAUCCAUUCCGUACCGUUUUUAAGGGUUAUUAGUUGGAAAAUUUUUCUUGUUAAUUCUUCUUGAUGUGUGCUUAGAAAAACUUUUUAAGAGGUCCUGUGGUAUUUUUUUUUCUUUCUGUUGCCCUGCUAGUGACGUGUUGAAUUUUAUCCCUUACAGGCAAAACUUUUGAAGUGGUGGAUGUGGCUUCUUAAAAUCUUCAGUUUCUGUGCAUCCAUCUCUUGUACUAGGCGAUUUGCUUAUCUUGACAUGGUUGGUCACUUCUUUCUAUGAGAAUUUACUUCAAAGUAUGUAUUAUGUAGUUCUAAAAUAGUUUUGUGUUAAGCAUGUGUUUUCAUUCAUAUAAACUGUUUAAAAAUUUUCAAAUGGCCUACUUUCAGCCCUCUUACUGGUUUGUCUGUAAAGAAUGGUUACAAAUAAGGGUUACAUUUUACCCUCAAAUUAAAUGCAUUUUUGUAUUUUCGGAGCAGGUUUAAACUUUUUUUUUUUCACUAUACUUGAACGGUUGUCGUUAUGGAAAUCCCCACCCUUCCAAACCUUUGUAGCACCACCUACUGGCAGAAUGGCAGUAUAUCUACAAAGCGAUUUGUUAAAAAAAAAAAAAAAACAAAACUUGUUUAGGACAAUUGCAGUCGAUUUGGAUGUUUUACUAUUAAAAUCUGUGCAGACUUGGAAGUUACACAUUUACUUGUAACUGAGAUGGGCUUCACAGGGAUGUAGUUAAUAAUCCAUAUCACAAUUGUCCUUUCUACAUGAGAUUUGGAAGUGUAAACUGCUAUGCAUAGCUUGGUCGAUAGUUCCAAAUUGCUAUGACAACUAAUGGACCAGCUACGUGUACUGGUAUCUUAGGUGCAAGUUGUAAAGCAAAAAUCUGUAUUCUGCUUGGUUAACAAAUGUAUAUUUGUAGCCCUUUCAUGCAAUAGAAUUAAAGUUGUUGUUUAUAAAAAACAAAACAAACGAUAAUAGGAGAAAAUUGCCUUCCUGGAUAGAUAUAGAAUAGCAACGUUUAUGGAUAUUGCAAAUAAAGAAUUCAAUUCUUUACA